UUGUUAUUCUUUUUGUGGUUUUUUCUUUUCUCUGUGGUGUUUCAAAGGUUUGCAUCAUCUGUUACACUACUUACAUCUUGAUCCACUGCGUAUUUAUUUUUCCGAUUCGUUUAUUCGGAUCAUUGUAUUUUAUUCCCAGAUUGUGCAUUUGAACAUGGGCAACAAGGCGAAUGCGGUUGUGUUAUGGUUGUUUGUGUCAUCCCUGUUGCUAUCUGUGGUGUUGAGUGCGCCAAAUGAUGGUUUACGAAGGAUUGGACUGAAAAAGGUUAAACCUGACCUCAAUAAUCGGCUUGCCGCUCGAUUGGGGUCCAAUGACGAGGCUUUACGUGCUUCUAUUAGAAAGCACCAUCUCCAAAACAAUCUCGGUGGUGAUGAUGAAACUGACAUUGUUGGUUUAAAGAACUACUUGGAUGCUCAGUACUAUGGUGAAAUAGGAAUCGGAACUCCUCCUCAGAAAUUCUCUGUCAUCUUUGACACCGGCAGUGCUAAUUUGUGGGUGCCUUCAUCCAAGUGUACCUUCUCGAUUGCGUGCUACUUCCAUUCAAAGUACAAGUCUGCCAAAUCGACUACCUAUAAGAAGAAUGGGACUGCCGUUGCAAUUCAAUAUGGUACUGGAGCAAUUUCUGGUUUCUUUAGCUAUGACAAUGUCAAAGUUGGCGACAUAGUUGUGAAGAAUCAGGAAUUUAUUGAAGCAAAUAGAGAGCCUAGUGUGACAUUUUUGGUGGCCAAGUUUGAUGGAAUAUUGGGACUUGGGUUUCAAGAGAUAGCAGUUGGGAAUGCUGUUCCAGUUUGGUACAAUAUGCUUGAUCAAGGUCUUGUUAAGGAACCGGUGUUUUCAUUUUGGCUGAACCGUAACCCAGAGGAAGAGAAUGGGGGCGAACUUGUUUUUGGAGGUGUUGAUCCCAAUCACUACAAGGGAAAGCACACUUAUGUGCCUGUGUCGAGAAAAGGAUAUUGGGAGUUUGAUAUGGGAGAUAUACUUAUUGGAGACAAAAAAACUGGAAUUUGUGCUGACAGCUGUUCAGCUAUUGCAGACUCGGGGACUUCUUUGUUGGCAGGUCCAACGACUGUGAUUACUAUGAUAAAUCAUGCAAUUGGAGCAGCAGGAGUUGUAAGCCAAGAAUGCAAAGCCGUUGUUGCGCAGUAUGGACAAAUAAUCAUAGACCUGCUUGCGGCCGAUGCACCUCCAAAGAAGAUCUGUACCCAAAUUGGAUUGUGCACUUUUGAUGGGACACGGGGUGUUAGUGGGGGUAUCGAGAGUGUGGUGGAUGAGCAUCAAAGAUCAUCAUCUGGUGGCGGUAUUGCUUGUUCUGCAUGCGAGAUGGCAGUUGUUUGGAUGCGGAGCCAGCUCAAUCAGAAUCAGACAAAAGAUCGGAUACUAAACUAUGUUAACCAGCUUUGUGAUAAAAUGCCUAGCCCGAUGGGAGAAUCAUCUGUUGACUGUGGGGACUUGUCUAAAAUGCCUACCAUUUCCUUCAGUAUUGGUGGAAGAACUUUUGACCUUUCCCCAGAUGAGUAUAUACUAAAGGUUGGCGAAGGUGUUGCGGCUCAGUGCAUUAGUGGCUUCACUGCAAUUGAUAUUCCUCCUCCACGUGGCCCUCUCUGGAUCCUUGGAGAUGUGUUCAUGGGGCGCUAUCACACUGUCUUCGAUUUUGGCCAAGGGAGAGUUGGAUUCGCCGAAGCAGCAUAAAGGAAUGUUAUCAUCUGGUAGUUUGGGUACUCUAUCAAUCCAUGCUUUUGUAUAUAUUAAUGCUACUCGAAAAAAGUGUGUCCAUCCUAGUUAUAGGGUGUCCGUGGGACGCCGGCCAUGAAUGAGCCUCUGGACUCUGCAUUGCACUCGGAUGUUGAAGAUGCUUCCGCAUGACUAGUUUAAAAUAUGGGAUGGCCAAAAUGUUACGUAAAUGUAAGGAAGUAUCGUGUGCGUUCAAAAUAACGGAAUAUUGACUUUAUGGAUAAUGAAUAAUGAUAAUGAGUAGUUGAUAAA